AUGCAGCGACUCGACGACGCAGACGUCCAUACCCCUCUCACUUCCACGUCUCAGUUUAUUGAGGCAGACAACGAUGACGACCUGGACGAUGAGGCCAUCCCCGGAUUUACGCAUCCCUCGUUAGACACACCCGUGUCCGCGAGUAAGGGCAAAGCACGAGAUGACCAGCCAGCCCCUGCGUCUACAUACCCUCAUAGUCCCGUCUCGGGCAUCAUAGGCAGCUCAACCGAUGGCAACGCGCGACCAUCACGAAACACAGUCGGAGGGGUGCAGGUUGAGAUGCGCAAUACAGGACUCGACACGCUUGACGAGCCGAUAUCCACAACAAUUGGACGUGACCUACUAUCAAUUUAUACCAAGACUAUACAAGUACUCUACCCUCCAAAAGCCGGACACCGAGAGGUCCUCAGAGAUUGGGACCUCUGGGGUCCGCUUGUCAUCAGUCUUACCCUCGGAAUUCUACUGAGUAUCAGGGCUGCCCCUGACCAAUCCCUUCCCAUCUUCACAACCGUCGUCUGCCUUAUGACCAGUGGCUCGCUUGUCGUCACAAUACAAGCAAAGCUACUGGGUGGCCGAGUUUCUUUCUUCCAAGGGUUGUGCGUGUUCGGGUAUUGCGUCGCCCCACUGAACAUUGCUGCGCUGGUCUCUGUGUUCGUGCCUCUAGUCUACGUCAGGCUACCUGUGACGUUUGUUGCAUGGGCCUGGUGCGUAUGGGCGUCUGUGAAUUUCCUGGAUGGUACGAAGCUCGAAAAGCAAAGGACAAUGCUCGCCGUCUACCCCCUGCUCUUGUUCUAUUCUAUACUAGCAUGGAUGAUUGUCAUCGAAUAG